AGGGGCCCGGGCCAUCAGCGAGGCGGGCACGGGGGCAGCCUGCGGCUGGCGCGGCGGGGCGGCCCGGAAGAAGCGCGUUCUCGCCACGCUCAGGGGCACCAGCCAGCUCCAGGAUGUGCAGGCGGCCGGCGGCGGCGCGGUGCGAGCGGGAACGGGCGUGGGCCAGGGCUGGGCCGGGCGUGGGGAACGGGCGUUCUGGGUGCUGCGCAGGCCGGUGAGCGGGCUGGAACAGUAGCCGGGCGGCGGCCGCUACGGCCCCGGGCGCGCGCUCGUUGAGCCUUGGUGGCAGAGUUCAUGGCCGUUCUCGCUCGCAUCUCCGCAACGCUCCGCCGUGAGGGUUGGGACGGCCCGGAGCCCAGCGCUGAGUGUGGCCCUCCGGGCGCCGCCCCUCAGAGCCCGGGGCCCCACCGCACCGCACCGCCCUCAGCUGCCUGUGGAGGAGGGGGCCGGGACCCCCACGCUCGCACUCCCGGGUGCGCCCGCCGAGCUCGGGAAGCCGGCCGCGCGCCGCCCCCGCCCCCGGCCGCGGGAGGGCGGGGGAGGGCCCGGCGCGAGCCGGCCAGGGAGUGCGCGGGGCGCGAGCUCCGGGCUCGCGGGCGGUACGGGGCGCGGCGCGGCGCGGGGCUGCGGAGACGGGCCACACGCCCGCUCCCGCUCGUUGCCGCUGCCGGGACCGCCGUGGGCUCUUCCUUUUGCGCUCAGAGCGGAGGCCAGAAUCUUGCGCGGGAAGCCUGAUUAUGAAAGGGAAAGUCACUCUUUCACCUUCCGGCUCCGAGGCCGAGCUUUUGUUUGGGAAGAAAUGCAAACGGCCUUAUCCACUUCCCCACUUUCCGGGCAGAAAGAAACGAGAGGGUGGCUUGGAGAACCUCUGAAGGCUAGAUGGCUCUUGCGCUUCGUUAUCUUUCCUUAUCCCUACCCCGAAGUUGCGAGCUUUGGACUGGGAAGUCGUGCCGCCGCCAUUGUCACGGCUGUUCUGGGGUAGGGGAGGCGGCUGGCUGUCCAGGCAAGUUUGGCUGUGCUGGAGCCCCCUCUCCCCGUUAAGGCGACUCGGUUCCUCAACGGUUUGGAGAGCAAUAAUAAAGGGGCAGCUUUGAUAUGGAGGUGUAAUUGAAGCUACAGUGUUCUCACCAGCUACACAUAUACUGGCAAUGGGUAUCCUCCAGUUUGACGCACCUGAACUUAGCAAUUGGAACAUCUCAGUAGAAAAAAAAAACUGGUCCUCAGAGACCUUGAGAGUGGAGGCCAAACAACACCCUGGCCAAAAAAGGAGAAAAAAAAAAUCAACACACUGAUGGAUACGGUCAUUCCCCCCUCUCUCUAGUCCAUACACUUUUAUCCCACAGCCUUGAAAUACAGUAGGAAGUGACCCGGUAGAAGUUUGGCCUGGUUGCUUUCUUUGGGGUGACUACAGACCGUGCCCUAUUUAAGAAACAAACUCCGAAGCAUCUGUAGAACUAAUUUUUCUCAGUUCUCACACUUUGCAGAUAAGAAAAUUCCUUGCUGCUUUAAGGCAGCUGAUUGCUGUGUUUCCUUUUCUGUAGAGCGAACUUUUUGAUAGUGUUAAGGAUUUUGGUCUCCUGAUUUGAGUUUUCCACUGCAGUUUUUACGUAAGGCUGUUGCAGCCCAGUCCCUUAUCUGUGUAGUCACUGUUCAGUAGAAGAAACUUUUUGUAUUUUUCAGGAUAUUGGUCUGCAGGAUGGAGUCCCUAUGGCUAAAUGAUAUGUGCUACAUCAUACAGAAGUGUAGGAAGAAGAAAGCAGCUACUAUAUCCUCCAAUAUUAACUGUUGGGACGGGCGUGCCCCUGAUCAGUUAUUCUGAUCUGAAGAAUUUGGCAUUUCAAGCAUUAAGACAAUAGCCUGAAUUGUUCAUGGAGUUUUUCAUCAGUAUGUCUGAAACCAUUAAAUAUAAUGACGAUGAUCAUAAAACUCUAUUUCUGAAAACACUAAACGAACAACGCCUGGAAGGAGAGUUUUGUGAUAUUGCUAUUGUCGUUGAAGAUGUGAAAUUCAGAGCACACAGAUGUGUUCUUGCCGCCUGCAGCACCUACUUUAAAAAGCUUUUUAAGAAGCUUGAGGUUGAUAGCUCUUCAGUCAUAGAAAUAGAUUUUCUACGUUCUGAUAUCUUUGAAGAGGUCCUGAACUACAUGUACACAGCAAAGAUUUCUGUGAAAAAAGAAGAUGUUAACUUAAUGAUGUCAUCAGGUCAGAUUCUUGGUAUCCGAUUUUUGGAUAAACUCUGUUCUCAGAAGCGUGAUGUGUCUAGUCCUGAUGAAAAUAAUGGCCAGUCCAAAACUAAGUAUUGCCUCAAAAUAAAUCGCCCCAUUGGAGAUGCUGCUGAUACUCAGGAUGAUGAUGUGGAAGAAAUUGGAGAUCAAGAUGACAGUCCAUCUGAUGACACCGUAGAAGGCACCCCGCCGAGUCAGGAGGAUGGCAAGUCGCCUACAACUACACUCAGGGUUCAGGAAGCAAUCUUGAAAGAGCUGGGGAGUGAGGAAGUUCGAAAAGUAAAUUGCUAUGGCCAGGAAGUAGAAUCCAUGGAGACCCCAGAAUCGAAAGAUUUGGGGUCUCAGACUCCUCAAGCCUUAACAUUUAAUGAUGGAAUGAGUGAAGUGAAGGAUGAACAGACACCAGGCUGGACAACUGCUGCCAGUGACAUGAAGUUUGAGUAUUUACUUUACGGCCAUCAUCGGGAGCAGAUCGCCUGUCAGGCAUGUGGUAAAACCUUUUCUGACGAAGGCAGAUUGAGGAAACAUGAAAAACUCCACACAGCAGACAGGCCUUUUGUUUGUGAAAUGUGUACAAAAGGUUUUACCACUCAGGCCCACCUAAAAGAACACCUAAAAAUCCACACGGGAUAUAAGCCCUACAGUUGUGAGGUGUGUGGAAAAUCAUUUAUUCGUGCCCCAGACCUAAAGAAGCACGAGAGGGUUCACAGUAAUGAAAGACCGUUUGCGUGUCACAUGUGUGACAAAGCCUUUAAACACAAGUCCCACCUCAAAGAUCAUGAACGAAGACACAGAGGGGAAAAACCUUUUGUGUGUGGCUCAUGCACCAAAGCGUUUGCCAAGGCAUCUGAUCUGAAAAGGCACGAGAACAAUAUGCACAGUGAAAGGAAGCAGGUUACCCCCAGUGCCAUUCAGAGCGAGACAGAACAGUUGCAGGCGGCAGCGAUGGCUGCCGAAGCGGAGCAGCAGUUGGAAACAAUAGCCUGUAGCUAGAGGUGGUGGGACAUGAACACUUUGCCUGACCCAUGGAGACUGAGGUUGCAUUGUUCAUAACAAAUGAACAUUGGUCACUGUAUUUUUUUUUUUAACUUAUGGAGCAUUGUACUCACUGGACUUAAGGCAGUGCCUGGUUAGGUGUUUUUAAAACUUUUCAAGGAAAUGAUGUUGAUUGGUUCUGACCAAACAGUUUCACUGUCCUGUCUGGUGUGUAGUAUUAAUGUUGCCAGUAAGUCCCACCCUUUCUCUUUUAUGGUUUUAGUUUGAGGAUUCCUGUGUCCAGUUCAGAAGUGAGAGACUUCUAUUCCAUUUUUUAAUUCCUCCCUACACUGCUGCACUGGUGAACACGCUGCACAGAGUGAUAAUUGAGUAAAUUGAUUUCCCAAUCCCAAUUAUAUGUGACUUAGGGUCAAAACAGCAUUUUAAAUAAUUUAAUAAAAGUGCUUAAUGUAGACACAGAAAAUACUGGUGGUUGACCAAGAACACUGCACAAAUAUGAAAACAAGGCCUGGAAAUGUGGAAUGCUCUUCAAUUUAUAUUUGAUUUGUUAAUUUUCUAUCACUGUUUUUUACAGUUUUUGUGGACAAAUAAUGGUUGCUUUGCUGAAGUGUCUCUUCAUCCAUUUUGGUUGAUUGCCCAUACUUACCCCAAAAAUGUGGUAACAAGACCAGAAGGCUAAGCAAAUCCACAGAGAUGUUGGUGAUCUGGGGGCUGAGUUCCUUCAUUCCUCUUAUUUGGGGCAUUGCCACUCUGAAUGGGUGGGCUUUGUAGAGUGGACCAGAGGCGAAAGGUUUAGAAAAGGGUAGAUAGGAACCUGGCUCUCACAGACAAGGUUUUCACAUUUGCAAUAAUUCCAAGACUUCCUAGAUCAAAAUAAUUCUUAAUUGAUUUUGAAAUUAGGACAAGAGCAGGUAUGCCUCUUCAGAUACCUUCGUGUAACUUAACAAUGUUAUCAAGCUUUUGUGCUCUCUGUAGCAUAUGAUUUAUCCGUAAAGGAGAUGCAAUAUCAUUGCUUAAAUUAAUACAUUUGAAAUCUUUUAAGUGUGUAAAUAGUAUAGAAGUGUUGGUCUUAGGUAUUUCAAGGAAAAGUAGACAGCUGCACAUUUUUUUGCACAUUGAAUUAAAAUAACUUCCAUCAGCAAGAAGCAUCAGUCUGUUGUUAACCAAUAUUAAAGAUUGUCAGACCAAAUGUUUAUGUUUUUGAAGUAUAUUUCAUCACUGGUUACAGUUUUAAGUAGAGUUGAUUGCCUUUUCAUAGCUGUAACAGAAUUAUAAAUGAUGUUCCAAUUUUGGUGUAUGAAAAAAUUUUUAAACAAUUUCUUUUGGAAUAUAUUGAAAUAUCAACAAUAGUUUGAAUUAUGUUCUAUAAUAAAGCAUUAGUCAAUUAUUUUGGAAUGUACAAUUUUAGAAAAAUGUUGACUUAAAAUUUAUUUUUGGUUGAUAGUUUUUUUAAAGAUACAUUAAAAUAAUUUCAUUUCACAGUUUGUUGCAUUAACACCUGCAAUUACUAUUUGGGAGAAAUUUUACUUUUUAAGUCAAUAUAUGGGUUAUGCCAAGCUUGUUGGAUGAAGAUACUGCCUUUUAAGAAACUUAUUUAUUGGUAAAAUGUUUAGUUUAAAAUUAAUUUCUUUUGAAGAAAGUUGUUUUUCCAUCCUAGAAGUAGUCUUGUCACUGUUUAUAUGCUAUUAGUAGAAGGGGAAGUGAUCGAUAUUCCUAGGCUGUUUUAACCAAAGCAGAAGAAAAAUAAUUUAACAUCUUGUUGAUAGCUACUUUAA